GGCGGCGGCGGUCGGGAUCGAUCCUCCGUGACGUCACCGACGGCGCUGCGGUAGUGACGUCAUCGGUAGCGAGAACCGCGGUUUUAUAAUGGACCGAUUGAGUGUGGCAGGGAUACAGAGUGACUGCGACCGCUCGACGAAGACGUUCGCAGAACACCGCGAGUUUAAACACCUCACACUCACUCUCGAACUAUAGGUACCUACUACACACCAAGAACUGCAUCUGGACCGACGUUAAGACAUCCAUCUACAAUAUAGUGUUUAUCAAGUGAUUCGAGAAAAAAACUGUUUCCCAAGGACUGUUUUUGCACAUGGUGAUAGUAGUGUUUGUGUGGUAAUGAUGGCCCUAUGAAGUGGCUCUCUUUCGCGGUGGAUUCGUCUCCAAACCUCAGCCGGGAAGGCUCGCGCUCUCCCGAGUUCUUCCUCCAGGACUCCUCAGGUGACUUUGAUGUUAUCACCCCCAUAAAUGUAGUUUGCUGUUGCAUGAGAAAAAUUGUCUGUAGUGUGCGUCCGUCUUAGUUAUAAUUUGCGAUGCCAAACGGAAGAGAUGCGGAGCGGUCCUCAGACUAUCAGGCACCAGUUGAGGCUCGAACGGCAGCAAAAUUACAUUAGCCACCAUCGGCAAGAGCAGCGGCAAACCGACUCCAACAACAACACUACCGCUACCGCUUCCUAUAACUUGCAUCUUCAUCAGAACAAGUGUGCUAUAUUAGUGCAGGGCGAUUUGUCCAGUACCGCAUUGGUGGCAGCGAGCGCGCAGCCAUCCGCCCCCAGCAGUCCCCAGUCAAGCAUGCUUUUGCUCCAGACACAGACCCCGUUUGGCUCGAGCAGUUUCGCAGAUCUGCUGAAUGCACCGUUUUCCGAGGACCCCAGUGGAAUAUUACCGCCAGAAGAUCUCGACCCCUUUCCCGACGUAACCCUUCACUCUCAGCCCCCUUCACCAGCACCGCUGCCUAGCUUUCAGGAAACCUACUCUAUAAGAUAUCAACAAGCGACGGCUAGCACGUCCACGUCCUUCAAGAUGGACGAAGAGUGUUACAACGUGUCCUACCACCACCCGCAUCACGUGGGCACUCCGCAUCACUACGACUACCAGCAGCUUCAGUAUCCCCCGGCGAGUCCGUACUAUCCGCCUCCGCAGACCUGCAGCCCCAGCUUCGAGGCGCUCAUCUCGCAGGAUUCUUACUCUCUACCCUCCUAUCAAAGCACCACUUCGGAGCUCCACGUUAGCACGGCUUUAAGCCCCAGACAAAGACGCGCUUCUCUUCCCUUGCAAAGAUCCGAAUCGACGAGCAGCAGCGAAAGCCCUAAGCUUAGAUUAGCGGGUCCUCCGCCGUCAGCUUGUUCCUCGGCGGCAAGUUCUCCGGGGGGUUCUGUAGAUCAGCCUGCUUCUUCUAAAGGGCCAACCCCGCCAUCCCCGUCGCAGCUGUGCGCUGUAUGCGGCGAUACCGCAGCUUGUCAGCAUUACGGGGUUAGAACCUGCGAAGGUUGCAAGGGGUUUUUCAAGAGAACAGUGCAGAAAGGAUCGAAAUACGUCUGCCUGGCCGAUAAGGCGUGUCCUGUAGACAAGCGACGAAGAAACCGCUGUCAAUUCUGCAGAUUCCAGAAGUGUCUCGCUGUAGGUAUGGUCAAGGAAGUCGUGAGAACGGACUCUUUGAAAGGCAGAAGAGGUCGGCUACCGUCCAAGCCAAAAUCACCGCAGGAGUCCCCACCAAGCCCCCCUGUAUCCCUUAUCACCGCUUUAGUAAGAGCCCAUUGCGACACAACACCAGAUCGCGAUAACCUCGACUACUCUCAGUACAUGGAACCCAGCCCCAUCGAGCCUGUUAUGUCAGAGGCGGAAAAAAUCCAACAAUUCUACACCCUCUUGACCGCAUCGGUGGACGUCAUCAAGAACUUCGCCGACAAAAUUCCAGGCUUCCAGGAGAUCUGUCCCGAAGACAGGGAGCUCAUGUUUCAGUCCGCUUCUUUGGAACUAUUCGUGCUGCGGUUGGCCUACCGAACGCAUCCCAACGACACCAAGCUGACGUUUUGUCAUGGCGUCGUCCUGGAUCUGCAGCAGUGUCAAAGGUCCUUCGGGGAUUGGCUGCAUGGAAUUAUGGAGUUCUGUUCUGGACUACACGCCAUGGAGAUCGACAUAUCCGCAUUUGCUUGCCUCUGCGCACUCACGCUGAUUACAGAACGUCAUGGUUUGAAAGAACCGCACCGAAUAGAGCAGCUUCAAAUGAAGAUAAUAUCUUCGCUUCGCGACCACGUCACCUACAACGCUGAAGCUCAGCGCAAAGCUCACUACUUCAGCCGUUUGUUGGGGAAGCUGCCCGAGCUUCGGUCCCUGAGCGUUCAGGGACUGCAGAGGAUAUUCUACCUGAAGCUGGAGGAUCUGGUUCCCGCCCCGCCUCUAAUAGAGAAGAUGUUCGUAGCAAGUUUACCCUUCUAGAGAGAAAAAUUGAAGAAUUGUUACUAUCCCCCCCACUCUUUGAAGAAAACGUGAUAAAUUGUUCUAUGUGAUUUGUUGAUAGUUUUUAGGUACGUCAUCCUUAAAUUUUUCUUGUUUUAAUUUUUACUUACCAAACAAAGUGGUCGAAUGAUUUUAGUUUAUUUUUCGAGAUUUUUACAUCCAUCAUCUAGUAAUAGAAAAAGGUAAAAUUCAAUAUAUAACGCAUUUUUAUACUUUUGAACUUUAAAUUUUUUAA